GUAAUAAUAGCGUACCAUACUAAAUCCGCGGAUGAUCCCGCACAUGAGAGGGGACGUCGACCUUAGCUCCAAAAACUUCUUUUCUUCUCGGAAAUGCCGCGGAUGUUAUGGUAUUUACGAAGUACGUGGUUGUUUUGAGUAUUUGGGGGCGAUGAAGUGGUUCUAAGUAGAGUUGUACUCGACUUUAGGACACAUAUAUUUUUAGACUUGUUGAGUUGUUGAGAUGUUCUGAGUUUUUUUGUUGGUUUUGUUGGUUUUCGGAUUUAAUGCACUACUGUACAGUAUUUUCCACUGCCACCACAAAGAAGGAGAGGUCCUCAUUACGAUGUGUUGGAGAUAGCAUAUCUCGCUGAGCUUGCAAGUACCGAUACCCUCCAACCCGAUCCUAGUAAACUCCGAAAUCUGAUAGUCUCACAAAACACAGCAAUGAAUAAAUCUGAUUCACUCGUCGUACAUCAAUGGAAUUUACAAAGUUUAUCCUCGCGCCCGUACCCCUGCAAUUCUUUGCUGCCCCUCGCUAACACGUCACUUUCCCACCCCGCUUCCGCCUUCCGACCCCCUGAAAGGGGAGCUCGAUAAGGUUUCUCCCAGCACGGUACAACCCUUAUUUGCAAAGCGCGUUGGCAAACGAUACCGUUACUAUAUCCGUCAUAAUAUGAACUCGAUACGACCGAGGGGACUGGGGUUGAUGACGAUAUAAAAUCUUUGGUAUUGAGUACGAUUUGGAUACGAUUGCCAGAAGGAAAAAGCUCCCCAAGAAAGCGAUACAGAAGCAAAGAUGCCACUCACGAUCUUGUCGGAUUCGGACGUCAAAGAGGUCCUCCAUAGCCUCGAUAGACAAGAUGUGGAAGUCCUGCUGAGCUCCUUGAGAGAAGCUUUGCAUGAGUAUUCGACGGGGACGAGUACCGACGGAGCGUGUUCGGGGAACCAACCUGAGAGGACGGUCAUUGAGUCUGGGAAGGGGAAUACGACGCUGUUCAUGCCGAGUACCAGUUCUUCAGGAAUCGGGAUGAAAGGUACUGACCAUCCCCUCCAAUUCCACUCCCAAAUACAUGGUAGACACAUACUAACCCUCUACAAAGUCGUAACCCUCGCAACCGCCUACCGCCCUCACUCCCCCAUCACCUCCCUCAACGGCACCCCUCCCAAGAUCCAAAACAACACAAACACCACCCCCCAAGGCGCCCUAACCCUCAUGGGCAGCGACGGGAAACCCUUCGGCUUCCUCAACGCCGAAGAACUAACCGCCUUCCGCACCGCCCUCGCCUCCUCCCUCCUCGUCGCGCGUCGCCGGAAAGUAAAAAACAUCGUCGUCUUCGGCGUAGGAAAGCAGGCAUACUGGCACAUCCGCCUAGCCCUGCUCUUACACGGCUCAACCAUCAAACAGGUCCAAUUCAUCAACCGCUCCUUCUCGGACCGUGCGAAGGAGUGUAUGCGCGCCUUCAUCGGACAUGAUGGCGAGACGAAGGAGAAAGAGGGAUGGGCCGGUUGUAAAUUCGCGAUGAUGACGCGGGAUUACGGCGAGUAUGAGAGGAUGGUGAAGGAGCAGAUACGGCAGGCGGAUGUGAUCUUUACUACGACGCCGAGUACGGCGGUGUUGUUUGAUGCGACGAUUCUGACGAAUACAGAGGGGAGGAAGAAGGGGAGAUUGAUUGUUGCAGUGGGGAGCUAUACGAAAGAGAUGAUUGAGGUUCCACCUGAACUAUUGGUGCAAGCUACGAAGAAACAUGGUGGGGGUCAUCAUUUCCACAAGCACGCCGAGGAAGGAGGGGUCAUCAUCGUCGACACACUAUCCUGCGUUUCCCAAACGGGAGAACUAACCCAAGCGGGCAUCAAAGAGGUACAAACCGUCGAACUCGGCGAACUCGUCAUGUUAGAACGAAUGGACAGCGACGACGACUCCCUCCUCACCCCCACCGACUCCCCCCCAACAGAACCCACCCUCGAGCCCCUUACCCCCAUCGACGGCAAGCAGCCCAAAUCCCUCUCCUCCAUCUUCGGCACCUCCUCCCCUUCAACAUCCACCUCCCAAACCCCCUCUCGAAGAUCGUCUUUCAAACUCCAUAAACGCUCCUCCUCGACUUCCACACCGCCACCUACCCUCAACCACCACCGCACGAAUAGUACGAGCAGCAGCGGUACGCGCAAGAAGAAGAGUAAGAAGCAGACGGAGAGGGAGCAUGAGAUGUGUCGGUGGCUGGCGACGGGCAAUGUGGUGUAUAAGAGUGUGGGCAUGGGAUUGAUGGAUUUGGUGGUGGGGAGUGAUUUGGUUGCCCUGGCGAGGGGGAGGGGGGUUGGGGUUGUGGUUGAGGGGUUUUGA